AUGGCACCCCCAGAACCACUCCUCCCAGCAGCGCUGGCGCCGCCAGAUCACCAUCACCACACCCACCACCGACCAUCCGGUGAUUUCGGCAGAUCCAACAAACACAAUACUACAGACGACGAAGAAGAUGAUAUCUCCCCCCGAUCCUCCUCCUCGGACAGGCGCAGGUCGCAACACUACGGAGCGAGGGUAAUGCUAGGUGGAAUGUCGGCCGACCACUCCCCUGCCUCGGCAGGCCGAUUAUCACCACACACUGAACAACCACAAAAAUCAAGACUCCUCGGCGGGGUAGCGAGGAAAACACUAGGGAUAUGUCUCCUGCUGGUGGUCGUCUUUUUCUGGACAGUCUCCAACUUUCUCGCGUCGUACAUCUUCUCGGACGGGACAUACUCGAAGCCUUUUUUUUUGGUUUACGUCAAUACUUCGAUGUUUGCGAUCAGUCUUGCUCCCAUGACGGGGAAGUACAUCAUACAAAACGGUUGGCGCACGACGCUUAGUCAAGCAAGAGAGUUAUGGAAGGGGCGGUCAGCGCCGCUGUUGAGAAACGACCGAGAUGAAGAAGACGAGGAACGGCUGCUGGUGGUGGAAGACGAGGGGAGCUUGGAAGCGAACGACCUCCCCCCAAGAGAGGAAAAACUGUCCCUCGCGGAGACGGCCUGGUUGAGCCUGGAGUUCUGCAUGCUUUGGUUUUUUGCGAAUUAUUUCGCCUCGGCGUGUCUGGAGUACACGUCUGUCGGGAGUGUCACUAUUCUCACGUCGACGAGCAGUAUAUGGACUUUGAUCUUGGGAGCUCUUAAGGGGGUGGAGGGUUUCACGGUCCGGAAGCUGGUUGGGGUGUUGGCGAGCUUGGUGGGGGUGAUCUUGAUCAGUUCGGUGGAUUUGUCGGGGGCGAAUGAUGAUGGCAGGGGGAGUUUUCCGCACAAGUCAACGUGGGAGAUUGCGGUGGGGGAUUCGAUGGCGCUGUUCAGUGCGGUGGUGUAUGGGAUUUAUGUCACGGUUAUGAAGCUGAGGGUGGGGAAUGAGGAGAGGGUGAAUAUGGGCUUGUUUUUUGGCUUGGUGGGCUUGUUUAAUGUUGUUUUUUUGUGGCCGGGGUUUUUGAUACUGCAUUUCACCGGGUUGGAGCCGUUUGAGUGGCCGCCUACGGGGACGGUGUGGGCGAUUAUUAUGCUGAAUUCGGUGGCGAGCUUUUUUAGUGAUAUUAUCUGGGCGUAUGCCAUGUUGUUGACGACGCCGUUGAUUGUGACGGUGGGGUUGUCGUUGAACAUCCCCGUGUCACUUGUCGGGGAGAUGAUUCAGUACUCGCAGUACUCGAGUUGGUUGUAUUGGGUCGGGGCGGGGAUUGUGGUGCUGUCGUUUGUGUUUGUUACGCACGAGAGCCAGGAGGGAGGGGAGGGGGAUAAGGAACAGGAGCGGACGGGAGUAUAG